AUGGCUUCGUUCAAGGAAUUGUCCCUUUCCCGCCCACUCCCCAGUCCCAACCAGCGAGCCCACGCUCACUCGAUCUCGCUGGGUGCCGUCAAUGCCCACCACCGCGUUACUCGCCGUAAGAGUGUCACCACCGCUGCUGCCAAUGCCGCCGCCGCGAUCGCCGCCUCGCUCAAGGACUCCGGAGAAGCCGCGUCACUUCCGAUGGGUUCCCACCGCCGCAGCCUCGCCGGUCGCAAGGGACUAGAAUCCAGCUCGGUCGGAACGGCUCCUGGGUAUCUGUCUCAGGGCCUGCACAGUCCCAGCCAGGAACCCCCGGUCGCUCGCAAGUCCUCUCCCAGCCAGGCAGACGAGGCAGACGCGAAACUCAAGAACCGGAACCGCCGAGCCAGCGAGGGCGCUCAGCUGGUGAAGGGCGAUGGGAAACGCUCCAUGGCGGACCUUCGCUGCGGUCGCUGCGGGAAAGGGUACAAGCAUGGCAGCUGCCUGUCCAAGCAUAUGUGGGAGCAUGACCCAGCAUGGGCAAUUACCUCGAAACUACUCAUUUCCAAGCACCAGCAGGUGCAGCUCCUGGAGGCCGCCAGCGUCCUGGUCAACAUGAACGUCGACGAGCCCUCCGAUGACUCCGCCGAGGUGGAAUCGGUGCGAUCGUCCGCAUCCCCCGAUGCGUCGUCGCAGGCGCGCGAUGGCCUCAGCUCGGCAGAGACCACGCCGCCGCCGCUGGAUGAGCGGGAAGAGGACGACGACUUUGAGAUGUCUGGCGUGCCGUCCCAGUGGACCAAGCGGCCUAGCAUCGGCAACAUGUCGGCCUUCUCCCGCUCCUACCAGUCGAUCCCCUCCAGCUCCUAUACGGGCAGCGCUCCGCUGCACUCGCCGGCCUUCUCGUCCCACUUCCGACACUCGAGCAUCGAUACGCGUCCCUCGACCGCCGACACUCGACUGCACGAGGAUGACGAGGCCGACCUGGCUGCCGCCAUCGGUCUCUGCAAUUUCGGCACCCCGCGCACUGGGCCCGUCUCCAUGACUCCCGAUGUGCCCCCCGUGCCCCCACUGCCGGCCCGCUUCCUUGACUCCAGCAGCCACCCAGGCACCGUCGGAGAAACAACCGAGCCCGCUCGCCGAGAUUCCGAGGCCAAUAUCUUCCUCCCGACCUCACUCAACCCGUCUCUGUCGUACAAGGUGUCGGACGAGCGUGAAGUUCGCCCUGGCAGCGCCGCGGCCCGCGAGUCCCGUCAUCGCCGCAACGCGGACGUGGAUUUUGGCAGUCGCCCCGCGCCGGCGGAUGACGACGAUGACGGCGUCUUCGGCCGCAUGGAGGAGUGA